AUGUGCAACCGUCUGAUAUAUUUAUUUCUUUUCGGCAACCUUUUGGGGGUUAAUACGGGUAUUCUAUUUCCAACUGAUAAUUUUAACUUUACAAAUAUAUUCAAAACAAGCCAGUUGUGUCAAAAUCAGUUUAAAGUAACUGAUGCGAAAACUCUUUUCCAAAUGUUUGAUGCAUCCGCAAAAUCUGUUGACGGUUUGUUGUAUCUGAAUAUGUUUCAUCUUGGGAAUUUCGAUGAGUGUUACGACAUUGCUAAGGCAACUACUGCCGGUCUGGUUUACGGAAAAUACUGUCUUGGUACUAUGACCUUGCAAUCAAAACCAUCACUAAACACUGAAAACGAGAAAAGCUCAAAUCUGAAGAAAUUACAUAUAGGUGUUUGUGUUCCCAAUGGUUGUACAACUCAAGAUAUAGAGUUACUUACUGGUAAAUUACUGAUUCAUUUCUCAGAUGACUUCUGUUAUUCCCAAGACACAACGCCGAAAUUAGAUUCAGGAGCUAUAAUAACUUUAAUCACUUUAGGUGUUUUCGUUGGAAUUGUUAUUGUGUCGUCAGUUUGUGAGUUGAUACAAAUCAGGAAAGGAAAAUUUACUCAAGGAUAUAUUUUUGCAUUUUCUGCAGUAUCUAAUGGAUCAAAGCUUCUAAGUUCAACGUCAAAUCCAGAUCAACUUGUUUGUUUAAACGGCAUUAAAGCAAUCAGUAUGAUGUGGGUCAUUUUAGGGCAUGUUUAUCUUAGUUCUGCCCAGGGACCGAUGGGAGAUGUUGUGGAUAUAAGAAAAUGGCAAGAAAAUAUUUAUAAUAUGAUUAUUGUGGAUGGUACUGUGUCUGUAGACAGCUUUCUUACGAUAACCGGACUUAUAACUGUUUAUACUUUUCUAAAAAUUGCUAGCAAUCAAAUCAAAUUUAAUUUUCUUCUUUACUACCUUCACAGAUACAUUCGCUUAACGCCGUCGUUAGCUAUAAUGGUGCUAAUCCAUACCACUUUACUUCCAUAUUUAGGCAACGGCCCCUUAUGGAACACAAUAAAUGACGGUUUUAUCAGAAGCUGCAAAACUUAUUGGUGGUCGGCUUUACUUUAUGUCCAAAACUAUUUUCACGAUGAAGAUACAUGUGUACCGCAAUCAUGGUAUUUAUCUGUAGAUUUCCAACUCUAUCUACUAUCACCAAUAAUUUUAUUAUCAUUACACCGAUGGCCAAAAUUUUGUCUAACGAUUUUAACAUUCUUAGUAGCCUUGAGUUGUGCUAUUCCUUUCGGCAUAGGCUACGUGUAUGGAAUACCAGCGUUUAUAACAGAUGUCGAAAUUAAACCACACGAAAUGAUGUGGCUAUACUACAAGCAAACUUAUGCAAGAUUUGGACCUUACGUAGUCGGAAUGAUCGCGGGAUAUUUUAUUUAUAGAAGAAAGAAUAGUCGAAUUGUACUGGUUUUGCAUCCCGCUUGGAUGAUUAGUAUAUGGUUGAUUUGUUUAGCAGGUUUACUGGGAUGUCUUUAUGCUCCUUAUUACGCAAGCCUAAAUUAUAGCCGCUUAUCUCAUUCUUUACUACUUGCUUUUCUUAGAAAUGGAUGGGCUCUUUGUCUCUGUGGUGUAAUAUACAUGUGCGUUGCUGGAUAUGGAGGUAUAAUUAACCAAUUUUUGUCGUUGCCAAUUUUCCAAAUCCUGACGAAACUAUCCUACGCUAUGUACUUGGUGCAUUAUUUGGUUAUCAGCUUACGAUACGCCUCCAUGAAAAAAAAUUUCCUGCUCUCCAAUAAAUUCAUGCUGUGGAGUUUUUGGGGUGCCUUCGUGGUAACACUUGUCCUAUCUUUAUUACUAACUUUAACAUUCGAAUCGCCCAUGAUCGCCUUGGAAAAAUCCCUCCUCGGCUCCCGAUUUUCUCCAUUUUCCAGCAAAAAACCUCAAGUGUAAGAGAAAUAUUCGAGAAUAAAUAUUCCUCACGAUCGUG